GUCCAUUAGGCACAGUAGGUGGUGACUUUAUUUCGCUAACAUGGCAUGUCCUUUUGUUCAUGAUCCCGUGGAUGAAGGUGCAGCGAUACUGCGCAGAGAGUUAAAUAUUCGCGGGGAGAUAGUUACCAGACCACGCAUAGAUGUUCUUGCUUUUCCAGACAGUUAUCUUUUUGAGCGCUACCGUUUCACGGCACAGUCCAUCAUCUACAUACAUGAUCUAAUCCGUCCUUAUAUUUGCAACGUUACCAGCCGCAGUCGUGCCCUGACAUCUCAGCAGAUAUUGUGUGUUGCGCUGCGUUUUUUUGCAAGUGGGAGUUUUCUUUACAAUGUCGGAGACGCAGAGCGCUUGAGCAAAGCGACUGUAUGCAGGGCGGUGAGAAAAGUGUGCCUCGCCCUGAAACGCCUUUUACCAAUCUUUGUCGUUUUCCCUGGACAUAAACCCGUCAAAGUCAUCAAGGAGGAGUUCCACAAGAUUGCAGGAUUUCCCAGUGUGAUUGGCUGCAUAGAUGGCACACAUAUCCCCAUCACAGCUCCUUCACACAAUGAGGCAGACUAUGUGAAUAGGAAGUCCAUUCACAGCAUAAAUGUGCAGGUCAUAUGUGAUGCCGGAUGCAUUAUUUCCAAUGUGGAGGCCAAGUGGCCUGGGUCUGUUCAUGACUCAAGGAUUUAUCGCGAGUCUAACCUGAGCGACAGACUGCAACGUGGAGAGUUUGACGGCCUUCUGCUGGGUGACAGGGGUUACCCAUGCCAACCCAGGCUGCUGACCCCUUACCCUGACCCUGAACCAGGCCCCCAACAGAACUUCAAUCGGGCUCACUGCAGGACGAGGGCCCGGGUGGAGAUGACCAUAGGCCUGCUGAAAGCCCGUUUCCAGUGCCUACGUCACCUGAGGGUGACCCCUGCGAGGGCCUGUGAUAUUAUUGUGGCUUGUGUUGUUCUUCAUAAUAUUGCUACUAUUAGAGGAGAGCAACAACCUGCCCUACGAAUGGACGACCCUGAUGACGACCCCUUCCACCUGCCAGCUAUGCAGGAUGGCAGAGCACAGAUCCUGGCCCCUCUCAGCCUCUGA